UAAGGCUUUCAUUUUGGUUAAUUGUUACUGAUUGUUAGGUUUUUAUUUCUAUUGUUUCUAAUUGUAAUCAGAUAUGAAAGUUAUCACAGUUUUCAAGUUGCAAACAAUUUGGUUAAUCAGUUUUUCAUUGAUCUCAAUUAUAUCAGCUGAUGGACAACAAUCGUCUACUGAAGUGACCACAAUUAGUGUUGACAAUUACGAAAAUAAUAAUGAGCUCAAUUCGAGUGACAUUUCAAUUCCGAAAGUUCAAACUAGAUUAUUUAGUUGGCUUAUGAAUGGACUAAGUGGUCAAUCAAUGGGUCAAACCUCUGCUGGUCUUAAUGGUCUCAGUGGUCUUGGGGGCUUAUUAAGGCCAAAUUUGGGUUCUAAUUCACCAUUCAGCCGAUUUGAAGCUUCGUUAGGAUCACUUGGUUCUAAUUUCGGUUCUAAUGGAUUUGGAAUGCAAUCGAUGGGAAGACCAUCGACGGGUCAGUUAUCGAUAGGACGGCCACCGAUGGGACCUCCGCCAAUAGGACCUCCACCCAUGGGGCCACCACCUCCACCUCCACCACCGAUGAUCCAACCUCAGAUGGGUCAAUCACCAAUGGGAUUACCACCGAUGGGGCGACCGCCGAUGGGUCAGAAUUCUGGCUCACAGUCUCAAUUUGGAUAUACACCGCCAAUGAAUUCACAAGGAGGGUUUGGCUCAAAUUACGCAGGAAAUGGUCAACCUAACGGUCAAAUGAACGGUCAGAUGGGGAAUCAAUUAGAUUACAUGUCAACUAAUGAUCCUUAUGGUGAUUAUGGAGGUGGUGGCGGUGGUGAUUUUUUCUCACAGAUUUUCACUUUCCUCUUCGGACCUUCCGGUAGUUCAAGUGGUGUGGGCAGCGGUGGAUCAAACGGUGUGUACAACAAUGGAGGAAGAGGGAACAACAAUGGCGGACAAAUGGGUAGACCAAAUUCUGGUUCUAGCUCCGGCUCGAAUUCCGGUUCAAGUUCUGGUAUGAGUCCAGAAUUUUGGUCCAAUUACAUGAAAAUGUUACAAACUUUAUACAGUGACGGCGGUGGAGCUGGCGGGGGCGGUGGAGGUGGUGAUCUAAGUGCCAUGAUCGGUCAAGCAACGAGCCUCAUUCAAAGUUUCUCAGGGGGAGGAGGAUCUUAAUCGAUCUCUCUAAUCAAUCAAUUAAUAGUAAAUCCAUUAAUAUCUCUGGAAAAGUUAAUCAUCAAUUGAAUUUUUUUAUACCGUUUUUUUGUACGUAAUAAAAAUCAACUCAAUCGAA